AUGGGCUUACUCGAGACGUCCAUCUCGGAGGAGGUCCCUUUUCAUUCCAAGGCACAGAAGCGUUCUUCACGCGAUGGAGACGCUGUCGAUCGGCACGAGCCGUCGGGAUCGGGAGCACCACCACCACCACCACCACCACCACCACCGCAGCCGUCGGCGUCGUCGGCGUCGUCGGGAUCGGGACUUGGAUUGGCUCGCCAGGACGCGUCGUCGCACCACACCUUGUCCGCUCGCGAAUCCAACAAGAAGAUCGAAGAGAAGAACAAGGUCAUCGCCGCCAUGGUCGGAGCCACGCUCACUUCGCUGACCAGUACGUCUCUGGCCUUUCGUUGCGAAAGUCAACGGUCGGCGAAAUCAGCUCUCUCGACUUGGCGUACCUUCAAUGUGUCACCCACGCAUCCCAUCCGCCAGCAUUGGCGACAUCCUGCGCUUAGAGGCGCUCUGAAGGAUCUGACGCGUGGCAUUCAAUGACACGGUCCGGGUCGUCAAGCUUCAAGGGCGUGGUGCCCGUGACGUCGACCCGAGACGUGAUCCUCCCAUCAUCGCCCUCGCGGCAUCCCGCCCGUAAAGUACUCGUGCUGAGUUACACCUAUUGCCCUGACUCUCCCCGCAGUGACACCCUUUGAUGUUGUCAAAACGAGGUUGCAAACCCAGCCCAGCCAGAACGCGAAUUCCUCCUUCAUUCCAGCAUCCCACCUGCCUCCACCGACGUCCCGAUCGACCACCUCGCCGUGGCCCCCGCCAAUCGCAUCGACCUCGACCGCGCCACCGGAGUCCUCGGUCGAGACCAAGCUAGGAAGCAAACUCUCGACGUGCUGCACCAAGACCUACUUCAACUCGAACGACAAGUCCCUCCUCUGCCGCUUCGACCCUCGCCAUUCGACCUCGUCCUUGCCCGCCUCGGGUUCCCAUUCCUCCCCCAUCUCGGCCGCGCGAGCCGCCUUUGUGCAUCACUUUGCACCCGCAGCACCGAUUCCGCAUCCGGGGAGCAUGCUCCUCCAUGCCUCAAACGGAGCCGCCUUGUUCGCCAACGCCUGCCUUUACCCUGAUCCUCGGCAUGCCGUCAAGGCGACUUCGUCCGGGACAAUAGGGGGCUCCGCUUCGGCGGCCUCACCCACGCAUCUGACCGGAUUCUGGGACGCCGUUAUCAAAAUUGCGCGCAACGAGGGCAUAUCGUCACUGUGGAGGGGCACCGCACCCGCUCUGGCCAUGUCGGUCCCAGGGCAGGUUGUCUACAUGGUCGGCUACGACUGGGGUCGACGCACCGCAUUCGACCAUGCGCCCCAGUGGGCCUACGCCGAGGUCGCCAAUGCAGACGGUCGGCACUUGUCGAAGAGCUACCUCACUGCCGUGCCUCUAAUUGCCGGUGGAAUGUCUCGGACCGUCGUCGCGGCUUUGACGUCGCCCCUUGAGCUGGUACGGACACGGCUGCAAUCGACUUCGGAUUCGACCUCGGUACGAUCCAUUAUUUUGACCUUGCGUGCGGAAGGAGGCGGACUGUCGUCGGCGUGGAGGGGUCUGCCACCGACGUUGUGGCGCGAUGUUCCUUUCAGCGCCAUCUAUUGGGCCGGAUACGAAGCGAUCAAGCGCUCCAUCACGGGCGGCAAGGGUAUGGGCGAAGGCUGGCAGGACCAGAGCCUGUCGUCAGAGUUCGCCGUCGCGUUUGUCUCGGGUGCUGGUUCCGGAAUGGUAAGCACGGGUAUGCUGUUCCAGUUGCUCAUGUUCGACGCUGAAGCGGAUGCGAUUCGUCACAGAUCGCAGCGACCGUGACAAACCCAUUCGAUGUCGUAAAAACCCGGAGACAGGCACUCGUCGAGGCCGCGACGGUUUCGGGCUCGUCUUCGACGCAAGCACCCCUUACCAAGACUUUCCCCAUCCUGUUUGAUAUCGCUAAAAAGGAAGGGUGGGCCGGGUUGAUGCGCGGACUGACGCCCAGAUUGGCCAAGGUGAGCUCGGCUUUCGACCGGGUCCGGAGGGGAGGCAAUUACUCAUCGGUCCACAUUCCUGUUUGUUCAUCCAGGUUGGGCCAGCAUGCGGAAUUAUGA